AUGGAGCAAAACGCACCAGAGCAACACGCAAUUCAGCCGGGUUCGGGUGAAUUCGCGCACUUAUUUCCACCCGUGGCAUUAAGUGAGCGAAAUGCUACCAAGGAAUCCUCUAGUAAUAGCACAACAACAACUAAAGCGCCUUCUCGCUUCGCUGCUGGAGGCGUCGACUAUGUCAUUGUCUUUAAAUUCCCAACACGGGGUCAAGAACGCGAAAAGUUGCAAUCCAAUGCUCAAGAACAGCUCGACAUUCUGACAACUAAACUAAGCCGUGUUGGUUUAAGAUAUCAAGUUCAACCCGGACGUACGCAAGACACAUUGUUGAUUCUGAUCGCGUGUCCAACUCACGUUUUGGAAGAAGAACUCAAACGCGAGCGGAUACGCGAUUUUCUGCUCGGUAUACGCGUUAGCGAGUUUGAUAAUGAGAAAGAGGAGACAAAGGAUAUGUUUGCUGCCAACGUACACGAGUUAACAGAAGCGGAACGACUUCGAGUUGUGUAUGAAAUGUUAACUGAGCCAGAAACUGAAGGUGGUGCCAACAUUUCUCCCGAAGUGGAUCUAUUUGUGGAUGGCAUUAUCCCUUUGCAUAACGAUGAGUUUAACAAGGAAUGGAUCCAUACAUGGUCCAAAAAAUCGUUAAUCGAUGAUCAAGACUUGACCAAUAUUCGCAACCAUUUUGGUGAAAAGAUUGCUUUCUACUUUGCAUUUGUACAAAACUAUUUGCUAUGGCUAGGCACACCUACUGUUAUUGGUGUUUUGAUCACCGUGGCGGGAGCCAAGAGCCUGAGCAUUUGGUACUCAUUAGCAAUGCUUAUCUGGUCUGUGGUAUAUAUCGAAAUGUGGAAACGGAGAGAGCAAGCCCUGGCAUUACAAUGGGGUGUACGAAACUGUUCCAAGCACGAGAAACGACGUCUUGAGUUUAAAGGAGAUCGUUUGGUCAAGGAUGAAGUGACUGGAGAACAGGAACCCUACUGUCCCGCAUGGAAAAUAUUUGUACGACGUGCCAUGUCAUUCCCGGGUGUUGCUCUCGGCGCCUUUUUGCUGAGUAUUAUCGUUGCCUGUGUGAUUGUAUUGCAACUUUUUCUACAUGAAUAUUAUACCGGUCCAUUCCGUCAAGUUUUGCACUAUACACCGACGAUCGGCUAUGUUCUCCUCAUUCCAACCAUGUCUGGUAUCUAUGGCUCUUGGGUCAAGAUAUUGAAUAACUGGGAGAUGCACAAGACAGAAUCGUCAUGGGAAUAUCACUACACACAAAAGAUCUUUGUUGCCAAUUUCUUGGUGGCCUAUCUUUCACUGCUCAACAUCAGCCACAGCCAUACAAAGGUCGACUUCAACCGACUUCGUGGACAGCUCAUUUAUUUCAUUGUCACAGGCCAACUUAUUGGAUUUGCAACUGAAAUGGUACUUCCAUAUGCUAUGGGACGCAUACUGCCCAAGGUAAAAAAUAUGACGAGCAAAGAAGACAAGGAUGACAAGAACAACGGAGUGGAACAAAGUGGAAAAGGUGAUUUGCAAGCCAAAUUUAUGAAGAAGGUGUAUCAUGAAGUGGAUUUGCCUGAGUAUAACAUUUAUACGGACUUUGUUGAAAUGGUUAUUCAGUUUGGCUAUGUAAGCAUGUUCUCAACAGUAUGGCCAUUGACUGCCCUUUGCUGUAUGGUGAACAAUUGGAUUGAGCUGCGUGGCGAUGCAGUCAAAAUCUGUAAAUACACUCGACGUCCAGUUCCGCUUCGUUCCGAAGGCGUUGGACCGUGGAUUGGCAACAUGGAAACAUUGACCUGGUUAUCAUCCGUUACCAUGGCGUCAUUCGCAUACUUGUUCCAUCCAUCAACCAACAUCCAUUCGCCGUAUACACCCGUUUUCACCAUCCUGGCCGUCUUGUUGUCCGAGCACCUCUAUGUCAUUAUCCGCUUGGUAGUUCGAUCCACUUUGAAUGCAUUGCCGAGUUGGUCAGAUACUAUGAUUCGCAAGGGCGAAUUUAAAAUGAAAAAAGUAUGGCUACAGCGAUUAAUGGGUUCAGCUGUUGGCCAGCAGCAGCAACAAAAGAGAGCAACGAUUGGGGAUGAAGAGUUGGUGUUUGAUGAUAAUGAUCUAUCGGCCAAGUCGGUUUGGGAUUCUUCUUCUUCAUCAUCAAUGGAUGCUGCACAAUUUAUCCGUAAUGCAUUCAAAAAAGAAUAG